UUUUGCCAAAACAACACGCACGAUUGGUUGUGUUUCUGCUCUGUUCUGUUCUGCUUUGAUCAGCCGCAGCAGUCUUGUGUUGGAACGAAAAAUGACUACAUGAGAGUGAGGAAAAUCUCGUUUACACACGGUCCCGAUCGGGAUUAUCAUUUGGAAUAAUUGUUUGGAUGUAGAUAAAAAUCAAUAUAAACUCGUGAUUGCAGUGAACCCGUCGAACUGAUAAGAAAAAUUUGGCGAUUGUCGCGCGUCUAGGCUGUGGAUAAGUUCCCUGGGGGUGGACCGAUGGAUGCCAGCAGCAAAGAAUCCUCGACCGGAAGCGGUCCGGAGAAGGACCGGGGCAAGAGCAACCUCAAUCUGACGGCCGACGAGCUGAAGGACGAGGGCAACAAGUGUGUCAAGGCUGGAAAUUUCACGGAAGCGAUCCUUCACUACACGCAUGCCAUCAAGCUGAGCCCAAACGAUGCCAUCCUGUACAGCAAUCGGUCCUUGGCCUUCCUAAAGCAGCAGCAGUACUACUACGCCAACGAGGAUGCCGAUUCGGCCAUAGCGCUCAAUCCGACCUGGGCCAAGGGCUACUACCGGAAGGCGGAGGUUCACAUGGGCGUGGGCCAAUACGAUACGGCCCUGCUUUCGUACGGGAAGGCUCUGCAGCUGCAACCGCAGGACAUGGGCAUCAUCCAGGCUGCCCGAAAGGCGGCUGAGUUGAGCAAUCGGGACAUCGAGCAGGAGAAGCGCACUCCGGUGCUGGGCGCCGGAAUCGGAUGCAUAGUGGGACUGUGCAUCGUGUUCGCCGAUAUGCUCCUGACGGAGACUCCGACGAUAAAGUACACUGCGCUUAUGGUUUUGGUGGUGCUGGUUGUAGCCGCAAUCGGAUUCGGCAUAGCUAAAAUGAUUCGGUAUUACACCAAGCUGCAACGCAAAGGACUGCUGGAUCCGCCUGUAAAUCUACUUGAAGAUUUCCAAUCUACCAAAGAGGCCGACGAGAUGGAGAACGGCGGCGUGGGAGGUGGCGAAGCAAAACCACCGCGGAAUCGCUACUCCAAGGCCCAGGCCAGGCAGCGGUUCAAAAAAGGCAAAACGUAAUUCCAUUAUUCCACGCGACGAACUUCGACACUAUUGUCUGGUGUGCGAGAACGGCUAGUCCAUCCCUCGUUUUCGGUUUUUGAGUACCGAUGCUACAAAAGGUUGCAUCUUAGGACGGUAAAAUUUCUAAUGUUAUUUUCCAGUUUUAUAUUUUUCUGUUUAUUUUGGAAUAUUUAUGAAGACACCAUACCUAUAAGUAGGUCAUUUUGUGUAGCAUCAGCAAUAGAAGCACGAUUACACCACAUUACUAGAGGGCACAUUUUGUACCGACACACUAAACUGAGUGUAGCAUUUUGUAGCUAAAAGAAUUACGGAUAUAGGAAAGUCUACCAUUUUAUUGCAAUUUUGAGUAGGAUAUUCUUAAUUCCCUGUUUUAAUUUUUAACGAUAAUUGAUAACAUAUUCGGUUCCAUGUUUUUCCACAACCAAUUCGAUUGUUAGAUGUUUUCUGUGUUUUAGUAGGGCAUACAUUUACGGCAGCAGUUGUAGGUAAUGGACAAAUGAACGGCAUUUUGAAUAAAGUGAUUUGUGAUAUGCAUCGCAACUACAGUAAUCUUGAUUGCAUACGAGACAAAAAUAAAUUAAAUUUAUCUACAUAA